GGAGGGGGAGGUACCUGGGCCCGGGAGUGAUGUCAGCUCCCAGCUCGGUGUCUGCCCGGAUUCCUGACAUGGUGUAGGGCCCGGAGGGUGGGGACGGCGGGAGCGGGACGGGACCGGACUCGGGUUUGCUGGCCCGUGGCGGGGCCAGAGUGCUGGGGCUUUGAACUCCGGGGGAAGGUGAUCCAGAACUUUUGGAACUAGUGCCGGCGGCGCCCACCCCCAGUAUUAAAGAACUUUAUGGAUCAGCCUGCUAAUAAGUACGAGCAAGAUUUGAAGAGCUGAAGGAGAAAUCAGUGCUAAACCUUCCUUUUUAAUAUCUAGGUUGGAAUUUGCCCUUCACAAAUAACAAAAUGAUGAGUGAUGCAAGUGACAUGUUGGCUGCGGCGCUGGAGCAGAUGGAUGGUAUUAUAGCAGGUUCUAAGGCCCUGGAAUAUUCCAAUGGGAUUUUUGAUUGCCAGUCCCCCACCUCCCCGUUCAUGGGAAGCUUGCGAGCCCUGCACCUGGUGGAAGACCUGCGUGGACUGUUAGAGAUGAUGGAAACAGAUGAGAAGGAAGGCCUGAGAUGUCAGAUCCCAGAUUCAACUGCAGAAACGCUCAUCGAAUGGCUUCAGAGUCAAAUGACAAAUGGACACCUACCCGGGAACGGAGAUGUGUACCAAGAAAGGCUGGCACGGUUGGAAAAUGAUAAAGAAUCCCUCGUCCUUCAGGUAAGUGUGUUGACAGACCAGGUGGAGGCGCAGGGGGAGAAGAUUCGAGAUUUGGAGUUUUGUCUUGAAGAGCACAGAGAGAAGUUGAACGCCACAGAGGAAAUGCUGCAGCAGGAGCUUCUGAGUAGGACAUCCUUGGAAACUCAGAAGCUGGAUCUGAUGGCUGAGAUAUCUAACUUGAAGUUAAAGCUGACGGCUGUCGAGAAAGACAGAUUGGAUUAUGAAGACAGGUUCAGAGACACAGAGGGGCUGAUGCAGGAGAUCAGUGACUUGAGGUUAAGAAUCAGUGAAAUGGACAGUGAAAGGCUUCAGUAUGAAAAAAAGCUGAAAUCAACCAAAUCCUUAAUGGCCAAAGUUUCUAGCAUGAAAAUCAAGGUGGGUCAGAUGCAGUAUGAAAAGCAGCGGAUGGAACAAAAAUGGGAGUCGCUGAAGUUUGAUGUUGUGAUAUUUUCAGAUAUUGAAGUACAAAAAAUGAAAAAGGCUGUGGAGUCUUUGAUGGCAGCAAAUGAAGAAAAGGACCGGAAAAUAGAAGAUCUUCGACAAUGCCUGAACAGGUACAAGAAAAUGCAAGAUACGGUGUUACUGGCCCAAGGUAAAAAAGGCCAGGAGGGUGACUAUGAUGACCUGCCCACUUCCAGUUCCAUCUCCACUUUUCUGGACGCACAGGGUUUUGGGGAACUGGAGAAAGGUCUGUCAUCCACGCCAGUGAUGGGGUCUCCCAGUUGUGACCCACUGAACACAAGUGUUCCGGAAGAGUUCCACACCAGCAUCUUGCAGGUUUCAACCCCUUCAUUAUUACCAACAUCUAAAGGCUUGGAAACGCCUGAGAAAGCAAAAUUGCCUCUUAAGUCCGAGACUUCAUUUGAGAAUGAUGGAAAAAGAACCCUUGGCGCUGCUGUUGAAACCCAAAUGUCUGACAGUCUUUCAACUUCAAGUCUGCAGAAGUCUAGCAGCCUGGGCAAUCUGAAGAAAGAGUCAUCAGAUGGGGAAAAGGAGUCUAUUCAGAAGCCUCCAGAGGAUAAAGCUCCGGUAGAAAGCAGCCCGUUUGGGACCCUCCCACCCAAAGCCCCAGGGCACGAUGCCUGCUUGGAUGACAACCCCUUUGGCACCCGAAAAGGCAGAUCUUCCUUUGGUCGUGGCUUCUUUAAAAUAAAAAGUAAUAAGAGGACAGCAAGUGCGCCGAACUUGGAUCGUAAACGAAGUGCCAGUGCACCCACCUUAGCUGAAACAGAAAAGGAGACAGCCGAGCACCUAGACCUGGCUGGUGUAUCUCCUCGGCCAAAAGGUUCACAGGGGAGCAGCCCCUUCCAGAUGUCCCCAUCAUCUCCAGAUUCCAAAAAGAAAUCCCGAGGCAUCAUGAAACUCUUCGGAAAACUUAGGAGAAGUCAGUCAACUACAUUCAACCCAGAUGACAUGUCUGAAACUGAAUUCAAACGAGGAGGGACGAGGGCAACUGCUGGGCCCCGAUUGGGUUGGUCUCGAGAUUUGGGACAAUCUAAUAGUGACUUGGAUAUGCCAUUUGCCAAAUGGACCAAGGAGCAGGUUUGCAAUUGGCUUGUGGAACAGGGCUUGGGGUCCUACCUGAAUUCUGGCAAGCACUGGAUUGCAUCUGGCCAAACACUUUUGCAGGCUUCUCAACAAGAUCUAGAGAAGGAACUUGGAAUCAAGCAUUCACUUCAUCGAAAGAAACUCCAGCUGGCAUUGCAAGCUCUGGGAUCUGAAGAGGAAACCAAUCACGGAAAGCUGGAUUUCAACUGGGUCACUAGAUGGUUGGAUGACAUUGGCCUCCCCCAGUACAAGACCCAGUUUGAUGAAGGCCGGGUAGAUGGUCGAAUGCUCCAUUACAUGACUAUCGAUGACUUGCUGUCUUUGAAGGUCGUGAGUGUGCUGCACCAUCUCAGCAUCAAAAGGGCCAUCCAGGUCCUGAGGAUCAACAACUUUGAACCCAACUGUCUACGGAGGCGGCCAUCUGAUGAGAAUAGCAUCACCCCGUCAGAGGUGCAGCAGUGGACCAACCACCGGGUGAUGGAGUGGCUGCGUUCCGUGGACUUGGCAGAAUAUGCCCCCAAUCUCAGGGGCAGUGGUGUCCAUGGUGGGCUCAUGGUUCUAGAACCCCGUUUUAAUGUAGAAACAAUGGCUCAGCUGCUGAACAUCCCGCCAAGUAAGACCCUGUUGAGAAGACAUUUGGCCACUCACUUCAACCUUCUGAUUGGUGUUGAAGCCCAACACCAGAAGCGUGAUGCCAUGGAGUUACCAGAUUAUGUACUUUUAACAGCCACUGCCAAAGUGAAGCCAAGGAAGCUCACCUUCAGCAAUUUUGGGAAUCUGAGAAAGAAGAAACAGGAAGAUGGGGAAGAAUAUGUUUGUCCAAUGGAAUUGGGACAGGUCUCAGGAAGUGUGUCUAAGAAAGGACCUAAAGCUGGCCUGGAGAUGCGCCUGUAUGACGAGGAUGAUUUGGACCGGUUAGAGCAGAUGGAGGAUUCCGAAGGGACAGUGAGGCAGAUAGGUGUGUUCUCUGAAGGCAUCAACAACCUCACGCACAUGUUAAAGGAAGAUGACAUGUUUAAAGAUUUCGCUGCCCGGUCCCCCAGCGCCAGCAUUACUGACGAAGACUCAAACGUUUGAUCGUAGCGCCUGGACGAGCAUGAGGAGCCCUUGGUCCCUUUCCACGUUAUUUCUACACUCCCAGUAUAUCCAGCAAGUAGCGGGUUGUAUAUUGUUUAUCAAUCAACUUCUGCUCAUUUAGAAGUGGAAAUGGAAAGCCGGGGAUCUGUGCCUAUUUUAAAGCUGCCGCGGAAAGUGAGACACUGGUGAAUGAGAGUAUAAUUGUUUUUCCUCUAUUUAAUGUAAAAAUCUGUGAUAUAUUAUAUUUAAAGUGUUGCAUUUACCAUGAGAGGACUUUACCAUAGUGUUUCCGGUCAUGUUCACGGUAUGGAGGACUUGGGAGAGCGGGAGCUCACAGGUGGCUGAUUCUGUCAGGUCGGUGUAGCCACUGAAGCAGAACACGUGCUUUUAAAAUCAGGAUGUGGAAUCUCUCUAAGAUCCAGCGUGCCCACUAAAUGCCAGCCACACCUCCACUUGCACCCUAGUGUCCUAUUUUUAUAUAUUUUUCUAAAUAUAUGUAUAUAUUUAGUACACAGAACAUAGAACUUUUAUUUUGUGACAUACCUAAGGAAGAUGGUAAAAAAAAAAAAAAAAGAUCACAUUGAAAAAAAUACGGUGAUCAAAUGUUUCAUGUGCCAGCUGGUUCUUGGACGGGUCAGGAUCAUCUUUCUUUCUCCACAACUGAAUUUUAAUGAUGUUGAUCACUCGGACUAAAUUAGUGUAUGUGAAAUAACUCUUCUUCGAUGACACAUGACAGAAUUGUUGGUUUUUUAAGAAUUUCGGCCUUUAAUCUUGGAUUCUUUUAAACUCAUAAGGAAGAACUUGAGGGACAUUUGCAUUCUAUUAACUUGAACGCAUUCAGAAGCUUCCCCAAAUUUUGUAGAAAUGAUUUCUGAAGAAACCAAAACAAAAACCUUUACAGUAUUAAGCUUCUUAUUUUCCUCUUUGCUAAAUAGACCAUUGUCUCAAAAUACCAGCAGCCUGACUAAUGUACAUUUCUCAGACUACCCAUGAAUGGAAGGAAUCCUUUU